GGUAUAUCGCUCUUAAGCUUGUAAUGGACGGGGACGAGAACACUGUGUGGUUGUCAUAAUGUGGUAGAGGUCGUAGAGGUACUGUGUUGAAGCGGUGUGCUACUUACGGUGGAGUUGCAUUGUUGUGACUGAAGAGAUACACGAUGUGGUGUGGAUAUCAUUACAAUUAAAGGAGGCCGGCCGUGGCUGCAAGGGCGAGGCAAGGCGAGGCAUGCCCGAGGCCCCCGCGCGCUGAGACGCCGCCGCCAUGGGCAUGUGCUGCAGCAAGCCGGAAAACCGGCCCGUGGUGUACCACCCGGGCUACAGCAAGCACGAUGGCUCGGACACGGGCACGCACGGCAGCAACGGGGGCGACCCGCGGUACGCGCCGGACCCCAACCGCCCGGCGACGGUGGUGCGCGGCGCGGCGCGCCCGGCCGUGGACAUCAUCCGCACGCCCACCACGCCGUUCCACCCCAGUGCCGCCGCGCGCCGCAUCGUCAUCGCCAUUGAAUCAGAUUGGUGGAAAGUGAGAAAUCUACGAACAGGAGAAGAAGGUCUUAUUCCUUGGAACUUUGUCGCAGAAGAGAAAUCUGUUGAGAGUGAAGACUGGUUUUUUGGGAAAGCAUCACGCAAGGAAGCAGAGAAGCUUCUAUUAUUGGAUGAGAAUCCUCGAGGAACGUUCUUAGUGCGUUACAGUGAACAUAAUCCAAAUGGAUUUUCCCUUAGUGUAAAAGACUGGGAAGAAUCACGAGGUUAUCAUGUGAAGCAUUAUAAGAUAAAACCUCUGGAUAAUGGAGGAUACUACAUUGCAACCAAUCAAACUUUUACAACUAUACAAGCACUUGUUGCAGCAUAUAGCCGAAAUGCUCUUGGACUCUGUCAUGUGCUUGCUCGUCCAUGUCCAAAACCAAAACCUCAGUUAUGGGAUCUUUCCCCUGAUAUGCGAGAUCAAUGGGAAAUUAAUCGUAAGGAAGUGCAACUCAUCAGGAAAUUAGGACAAGGCAAUUUUGGCGAAGUGUGGUAUGGUAAGUGGAGACAUUCAACGGAAGUAGCUGUGAAGACGCUUCGACCAGGUUCUAUGUCAACACUGGCAUUCCUUCAAGAAGCUGCCAUUAUGAAGACCUUCAGACAUGAUCGCCUUGUUGCUCUUUAUGCUGUGUGCUCCAAAGAAGAGCCUAUCUAUAUUGUGCAAGAGUUCAUGUGCAAUGGAAGUUUAUUAGAUUUCCUUCGAAAUGGAGCUGGCAAAAUUCUGCAAUUCAGUGAUCUUAUUUAUAUUGCGGCACAGGUAGCUAGUGGUAUGGAAUAUUUAGAAAGAAAACAGUUGAUACAUAGAGACCUUGCAGCAAGAAAUGUUCUAAUAGGAGAAAACAACAUUGCAAAGAUUUGUGACUUUGGGUUGGCAAGAGUGAUAGAAGAUGAUGAAUAUUGUCCGAAACAAGGGUCUCGUUUUCCUGUAAAGUGGACUGCCCCAGAAGCGAUUAUCUAUGGACGCUUUUCUAUUAAGUCAGAUGUGUGGUCAUACGGAAUAUUGUUAAUGGAACUGUUUACUUAUGGUCAAGUUCCAUAUCCAGGUAUGCAUGGGCGUGAGGUCAUCGAGCAAGUGGAGAAGGGUUACCGCAUGCCUAAACCUCCAAAUCAUCACAUCCCCGAUGUCAUUUAUGGGUUAAUGCUGCAGUGCUGGGAUGCUGACCCUGACAAGCGUCCAACAUUUGAGUACCUGAAUCAUUACUUUGAAGACUUCCCAGUAACAUCUGAAGUACCAUAUAGGGAAGUGUAGAUCUACAUUCAGAGCAGCUGGGCAAAGUGCAGAGCACAACAAAAUGGGGACAUAAGGUGUGGAUCUCCCAAGUAAUAACAACACAGCCCGUAAUCAUAUUAAGGUUUUAGUUGUGGCCUUUGAGGCCUGGCAUGUUGGACACCCCUGACUUAGACCACUUCUCUAUUAUUUCAGUGUUUUCUUUUUAUUAUUGUUUUUGACACUUGUUAAUGCAUUUCUUGGAUAUGACAUAAGCUACAACAAUUUAAUUCACAAGUUGUUUUCAUCCACUUGAGUUCUUAAUCUACAUUUGGAAAUUUCUCUUUCUGUCAGAAGUGUUAUCAUUAAUGGAUGAAGCAUUUGAGCACAGUCUAUGAUGCGUGCAUAAUAAAACUCGCACAAUAGAAAGUAUAUGUACAAUCAACUGAAACUCAGUUUAUCUGUGGAAAGUAUUCUAAAUCUCAAAUUAAUGGGGUUAUAUAUACUUCUACUCACUGCUCCUAUGGAUUGUCAAAAAAUAAUUGAAUUAAUAAACUGAGUUUGGGGCUGGGUGUAAAACAUGAGGGUAUAGAUUACAAAUAGUUGGUGUACAUAAAAGUAUGUAUAAGCUUUUCAUUAUUUUAGUAACUUCUUGAACAAUUGCUCAAGAAUGUAUCUCUUAUUUUUAAUAACUAUUAAAAUUACUAAAUUAUAGAAUAUUAACAUAAAUAUGAGUAAAAGAAGAGUUUUCAAAUAUAAGGUGGUUACAGACCGGGUUUUAGGACUUGUUGCCUCAUAGUCUGUUGUGUUCUGUAAGUGCACGAUCAUAAUUCAUUGCUGUUGAUUGAGAAGCACACAACAGACUGGCAACACAGUCCCCAGUUGUACAUAAUUAAAGUUAGAGAGCAGUAAAAUAGUGAAACAGUACAUGGUUCCUUUGGAUAUUGUCUUGAUUAACAAAGAAUACUACUUUUACAUUGAUCCAUUACUGACAUUCAGUGAUGAACCAUGCAGUAUUCUUGUCUAUAUGUGUCAACUAUAUUUUGCCUAAUAAAUUAGUGCAUGUGAUUAUUUAAAAUUAUGUAACCUCUCAAGAGUAACAAAAGAAAUUUGUUUAAUUCACAUCUAAAUCAUUAGAUACAUUUCAUUUACCCUUUAAAUUAUACCACAUUACAUUCUAUCUAAAUACUAAAAUUCAAGGUAUCUAAUGAAAAUAUGUACUAAAACUUUUGUUUCACCCUAUUUCAAUAAAGUUUGUAGAAAAUCAUGACAAUCAUGUAGGUAACAAAUAAUUGCAAAUAGAUAAUGAAUCCUAACAUUGAAAAUUUUAUACUCUUGGGCAGGUGAUAUAACUUUCAAUAUUUGCAAUGACAAUUAGAUAUACAUUUUCAAAAUUUUAUGUAUUGUGGUGUUCUCAUUGUCAGUCUUUUUGAUUGUGUACUUCUAAUUUACAUAUUAAAUUAGAAUCUGUAUUGUAUAUAUUAUUUAAAUCUCUUCAGGAAAUGUGUAACAUACUUUGCCUCAGAUGCAAUGUUUUUCUUCUCAUGUGACAAAAUUACAGUUCAAGGUGACAAGAUAUUUUAUAAAAACUUUCAAGUACAAUGCCAUCUUUUAAAAUUUCACUAGUAGGCCAUAAACAUUUUAGAAAUUACCUUUGUCAUAAACAAAUGAAAUUUCACCUUGUAGACGUAUUUGAACUGAUAGUAGUUUAAUCAAAAUAACUUCUGUGCCUUUCAAUUUCUACUCGGUAGACUGCUCUUGAUAAUUGGACAUUCAAAAAUCACAAUGAACAAAUUGAAUGUGAAUUGUUGACAAAUAAUUUAAUAAAAUGUUGGAAGCCUGAUUUAGGGUUCAAAUGAGUAUUAACAAAACAGAUCUCUUAAAAUGAGGAAAUGAUAAGAUAAAGAAGUGUUUGCAAAUGGCAUGAGUUAUCUAUGGACCAAAUGAGCAGAAUUAUACAUUGCACUUCUUGAAAUUUAAUCUCAGUUUUCUCAUGAAGUCACUGCUGUAUAAAAGGAAAAACUUGGGUUGGGACUUUCACUGAAUGACAUGUAGUGAAGAAUAAUUGCUUCUGUUACAUGAAUGUUUAGGCUUCGUCACUAUGUGCAGACUGGGUUGACUGUGAUCUGUAGAAUGUAGGAUAUUGUAAAUACAUGGAACUUAAAUAUGUGUGCCAUAAUUAUUCUAAAGCAGUGUAAUGUAAGAUACUUCAACUGAUAAAGAAAAGAAUUACGAAAUAAUUCUUCAAAACAAUAAUUUAUUUCCAAAUUGAAUCCCAAAUUCUUUGAAUGAGAAAAUGGACCAUUUUAUUUACAUAUGCUCCUGAAAAAAAAAUAUCAGAUGAAGGUACAAGCCAAGUUUCAGAAAGUAUGUGGGUGCAUUUUGUAUUGAAAUGUUGCCUCAUCAUCUGCAUUCUCCCAUUUUUUCAUUUUUAUUUUGCUGUUGUAUCAAAUGAUUUUCCUUUCUAUAAAAUAAUGUUACAAACAUUUAGUAUGUAUUGCAGUUACACAUAAUUAGACUACACAAUAUGAAUAUGUUAGUGUAAAGUAAUGGAUUCAUUGUUAAGGUGCUAGUUGUGUCCAAUAUACAUGUUGGAGAAUGUACAUGCUGUAUUCCAGAUUGUAAAACAUUUACUUGUACAGAAAUUGGGCUGAUCUUCAGUGAUGUUUCUAUGGUUUGAAAUUGACAGAGCACUAAAUACUCCUUCCCUGCAGUGUGAAAUUUGAAGUAAUGAUUUUAAUCAAGAAAGUGAAGCAUUGUUAAUGAGAAAAAUGUAGAAUUGUUUUGCAUCAUUAAGGUUAUUUAUGGAUUUUUUUUGUGUGUACAUUCUUUGAUAGAAGUUUAGUCCUAAGUGAAAUGUAACCCUUUCUGAUAAUGUGUAAAAUUUAUUAUAUUUAUGUAAUGUUAGUUUCACAAUGAAGUGCCAAAAUGUUGGUCAUCUUUAUCUAGCAACAUAAUGUAUUAAUUCUGAAAUGUGAUUUUUCUUGUAUGGUACUUGUAGAAUUCCUGAAAUGCGUGUAUGGUGUGUUCUUGUGCACUGACUAGCUGAGAUAGGCAUGCUACUGGCUAGUGUCCAAGAAUAGAUUGUUUUUAAUGUUUUCUUCCUACUCACACAAACAUAUUGGUAUCAGAUUUCAGUAUUCAGAAUUUUAUGCAAGCUGCAGAAAUAUAGUUAAGUUUGUCAACUUGAAUCUCAUUAUGAAUUUAUUGCAAAAUAGAAGUAAUGAUAUUUUACUACUAAUAAUAUUUUUUAUCAAUGAGAUUUGCUGUUCUCCUGACAGUAAUAGACACUAAUCACAGAACAUGAAAAAUCAAUAAUUAUCUUUGUUUAACAUUCAGUGAGUGAAGACAUUUUCCAUUUUAGUUUAAAUUGCAUUGCCCAGGUAUUGCACUAGUGAAAAAACAAAUGAAUAAGAUUGUGCAGAAAAAUUAAUAGGAGAUUGAAAUUAUUUAAGAAGUGUUCAUUGCUUCUAUAAAUUUAAAAGUAAGCACUGCCUCUGUGUAAAGAAUGCAUAUUCUACAAUAUGAAAAAGAAAAAAAAUCACUACCAACACACUUCAACCUCCCUCUCUAAUUAAGGUUUACAAACACAUUUGUACAUAAACUGUAAUACUUGAAUAUGU